UGUUAUGAAAUUCUAAAUUUGCUUAACCGUUCACACGUUUUCUUACAUUUUGAUUAAUUUAAUUCUUGAAUUAUAAUUUCUUGUUUUGUUUUUAUCGUUGAAAACGGUCAAACUUGUUGAUUCGUCUCUUAAGGUCAAAUCUCAUCCCCUUAACAUAAACUUCCAUCAAUUUCACUGAAACUCAGGGUGAUUUGAUUCAACAUUGUUCUCAUUUGUUUACAUUUUAUGGUUUGUUAAUUGUUGAUUGUUGUUCUGUGAUUAUGGUCAAUCAAUGUGUAAAGCUGAUUCCUUGGAAAAGAAAUAAUUUAUUUUUCAGUUUCACUCGGAAUUUAGUCUCCAAUCAAGCAACUAAUUUCUCUUUAGCAUCUGAACAUGAAGAGAUAAUUAUCCCUAAGCGAAUACCAAGGACUAAUACCGACAUCCUCAAAGCUCUUUCAUCGACAGUUGGAAUCGAUUCAACGGCACCAGCUCUCAAAUACAUCGAUGAUCCCUUUUUGAUACCCAAUAAUAGACACCAGAAAUUAGUCUAUUCUUUGUCCAAAGAAUCUGGAAUCAAAGCUGCCAAAUUUUUUAUGGCCAAAUUUCCACAUCUUUUCAAUCGGGAUGAAGCUGAGCCGAAAGUUGAAGCUUUUCACUUCAAAGAUCUUUUUGAUGAGACGAUGGACUUGACUGAACAAGAUCUCGAAUAUGCCAUCGAAAGCAAUCAGAUUGAUAAUUCAAUCACCGCUUUUAAAAGUAUCAGAUCUAAAGAUGGAAAAAUUUCGGAUGAUUCGAAAAAAAAAUUACUUCAACUGGUCUGUUAUUUCAAUAGUCUUGAACCAGCUGAUUGGGACUUGAGAGAAAAAUUCAUUUCAGAAAAACCUCAAGACUCCAUUUGGGUUUCAGAUUUCGCCUUUGAAGUUUUCGACUCGAUCGAAGAUAAAGACUGCGAAGCUUUUAGCAUAAUGAUUGCCGGUCUUUGCAAACAUUCAUCCAUUGAAAGAGCCUUACAACUCUACGAUAAAGUGAAGAGAGAUAACAUCUCACUUACCAUCGAAGGCUAUAAUGCAAUGAUAUCUACUUGUAUUCGUGAGCAGUCGUUUGAAAAUCGCUGGUCAGCAAUGAUGAAUGUGAUCGACGAUAUGAACAAAAAUAAAGUAGCUCCGAACUUGACUACUUUCUCCAAUAUGUUCGAUAUCCUCGCAAGGUGUAAAGCCAAUACACAGACGAGAGAAAAGGCCCGAGGGCUAAUGGGAGAGUUGAAGAAAUUGAAAAUUGAGCCAAGUUUAGGAAUUUACAACGAUCUACUCAGGAUUUACACCAAUGGCAAUAACAUUCGACCAAGAAUAUUAGAAGAAAUCUUAGCAGAAAUUGGAAACAAGGAACUCACCAUGAGGCACGAAAAAGACACGCUUUUUUUUAAUACUGCAAUGAACAUUUGUUCUAAUAUAUUAUCUGAUGUUCAAUUGGCCUACAAAUUGCACGAUUUAGUUACAUCCCAUAAGAAUUAUUUGCUUUUUGAAACCACCGACUCUGAAGGUCGUUACUAUAAUAAUUUUCUCAAAUUGAUAAUUAAAAGUGAAUCAAUUGACAAAACUAUGGAAAUUUACUACAAAUAUGUUCCAAAUUUUUACGUUCCUGAUACAAAAACACUUAUCGAACUUUUGGAAACAAUUGAACUUUAUCAAGCUGAUCGAUAUAUCCCACAAAUAUGCUCAGACUUUAUUCUAUUCGAGUAUGUCUACUCUCAGGACUGCAUUAUUAAGUUUCUGGAAAUUUUAUCUAAAAAACUGUACCCUGAAGAUAUUCAGCUCCACGUAAACAACACUAUUUCUGAGAUUCUGCGAUUCAUUGAAAGUAAAAUAGUUAAUUCAAGGAACCCAAACGAGGGAAAUAAUUUUGACGUCAAAAUAUUCGACGAAUGUUUGAAGGCUUUCACUCUCAGUAAAGAUUUUACCAAAGCGGUGAAAACGUUACAACUUUUAAGAACAUUGAAAAACCAAAUUAACGGUCAACCAUCGUUUCAAACGAUGAGAGAUUUCGUUGAUAUUGUGAUUGUACAUGGAACGGGAAAAGAUCUCGUCGAAGUUGUGAAAACUGCUUGUGCCUAUGACGAUGUCUCGGUGAUUUCGAAAGCAGUUUAUUUAUGUGAGACAAAGAAAGUGUCUCAAAAUCUUCGAGAUCGAUUGGAGGAGAUUAGAGUUAAGAAUAAAAUAAUUCUACAAGAUCUCUCCGAAAGCUCCGACACAUCGGACUCAUCAAGCUCGAGUGACAGUUCAGAUGAUGAUAAGUCUAAGAAAGAAGCUGGAAAAUGACCAAAGAGAAGUUAUCAUAAUGAUAAAUGUGUGAAAGAGAAAUGAAAAUUAAUUCUCUAGAAUUUUUGUACAAAUUGUAGUUUAUAUUUCCAAAAAUUGAGCAUUUGCUUAAUAACAAUUAAAAGUAAUUUAAGUAUUUA